UCUCCGAAGGCGUGUCAAACGCGAUGUCACGAGAGUUAACUGAAAUCACGCGGUGUUUCGAAGACUCCAGUGAUUCGGUUGUAAACCAGUUAACUAUUUAGGUUUCAGUUCCAUUUGCCGGGCUUUUUUGUUAGAUUACGCCAUUAACUAUCUCGCUGCGCGACAGGCUGCGUUUAUUGGAAAACAGUAAAGAUGCUUCCUGCAACAGCAAAGUGGUAUGACAGAAGAGACUCUGUUUUUGUAGAGUUCUGUGUUGAAGACAGUAAAGACGUCCAAGUAAAAUUUGACCUCUCAAAGUUUGACUUUAGCUGUGUCAGUGGGACAGAUAAUAUCAAACAUCACAACUCAGUGGAGCUUUUUGGGGAUAUUGAUCCCAAAGGGUCCAAGCACAGACGCACUGACAGAUCUGUCUUGUGUUGUUUACGAAAAGCAGAAGCUGGAAAGUCAUGGCCACGACUUACCAAAGACAAAACAAAGUGCAACUGGCUGAGUGUGGAUUUCAAUAAUUGGAAAGACUGGGAAGACGAUUCUGAAGAAGACUUGUCAAGUUUUGACAAAUUCUCAGAGAUGAUGAACAGCAUGGGUGGGGAUGAUCUACCUGAUUUAGAUGGUGCAGAGGAGGAGCAUGAUUCUGCGGACAGCGAUGAUGAAAAAAUGCCGGACCUUGAGUAGACAAACAUGUUUGCCUUGUCUCUAGUUAACAAAGCAAGUCCGAUGAAAUAAUCAUCAGUUGGCGGCCUGUUGAAGAAUCAUCUCUCUACUUUCCAAAGCGACAUCCCUCACUGGAGUGACUGUUGGGUACCGACGUGCACAGACAUCCAUAGCGACAUUCAGUGCUGUGCUUUGGCAUUUUGUUCUGCAUGGACAAUUCUAUUCAUAUGUUGUUGUUCCUUGACUUUUAUGACUGUAAAGGGAUGUGCUGAUGUCUUACACCUCAUUUGUUUUCCUAUUUCUAUGUUAGAUGAUGUAACGUGGUUUCUAACGAGAAAAUCUCAGAACGCCUAUUUUCCAACAAGUACGUUUUAUUAGCAGAUUAUUUCCCCUUUAAUGUUUGUAUUGUAAAUUGCACUUGCGUUUAAUUUAAGUCAAGAGUACUGCUUUGAAUUGGUAUUCCAGUGUGUCCCAACAUCUUCACAUAUUUACCAGUAAUUUCAUUUUUUUUAAAUGUGGCAGCAUUUAAAAUAAACAAUAUGCUUGUUCUACUUAAA